AUGAUGCUUAAUCCCAAAAAAUGCAUCUUCGGAGUCAAAGGUGGAAAGUGCGUCGGAUUCCUAGUGGAUGAAAGGGGAAUCGAAGCCAACCCGGACAAGAUCAAAGCAGUCCUAGAGAUGAAAUCCCCUCGGAAUGUGAGGGAAGUACAGCGCCUAGCCGGCUACCUAGCUGCACUCGGGCGUUUUCUCUCUAGGUCGGCUGAUAGAAGCUUGUCAUUCUUCAAAGCCUUAAAGCGAAAAGAAUUCACUUGGGAUGACGAGGCCGAACAAGCCUUCACCUCUCUCAAAAACCACUUGGCAACCUUGCCUAAACUCAUCUCCCCCUUGCCGGGGGAGCCCUUAUUCACAUACUUGGCCGUCUCGGACUACGCUCUUAGCGCAGUCCUUGUAGCCGAGCGGGAAGGAAAGCAACACCCAGUCUACUUCAUCAGCCAUGCCUAUAGAGGGGCUGAAGCGAAGUAUAGUGAUGUCGAGAAGAUGGUCUUUGCCUUAGUGAUGGCAAGUCGGAAGCUCAAGCCCUACUUUCAAGCGCACCCCAUCAAAGUCCUAACCAGACAGCCGCUUCGAAAGAUCAUUGAGAGCGGGAACCAUUCAAGUCGAAUGACUGAUUGGGCAGAUCAGUUAGCUGACUUCAGGCAAGAAUUUGAGCCACGAAGAGCGAUCAAAGCCGAAGCCCUUGCUGAUUUCAUCACCGAAUGUGCAACCCGACCUCCGGUCGGCUCACAAGAAGAAUGGGAAUUACUGGUCGAUGGGUCCUCCACAAAAAAUGGUUGUGGAGCCGGUCUGGUCAUCAAACUCCCGGUCGGGGAUAAAAUCGAGUACGCUGUUAAGUUCAAGUUUCUCGGAUCCAACAACGAAGCCGAGUAUGAAGCCCUUAUCCUCGGAUUGCAACUUUGCAUCCUAGCCGGAGCAACAUCGAUCGUAGCGAAAUCCGACUCGCAACUCAUUGUGGGUCAGAUUUCAGGUGAAUACGAGGCCAAGGAAGAUAACAUGAGAAUGUACUUGGCCAAAGCUCGAGCUGUCAUUGGAAGGUUGUCCGGGUUCCAGAUUACCCACAUUCCCCGCUCAGAAAAUCAACAGGCCGACGCCCUGGCUCGGAUGGCCAGCUCUGCUGAGGGGUCGGCCCCUAGAACUAUAACUUGGGAAGUGCUGAAGGAACCCAACAUAAAUGCCAAAGAGCAACUUGUCCUCAACCGUUCCUCGAACUGGAUGGACGAGAUUGUGAAGCACUUACAAGACGGAACCUUGCCCAAUGACCCUAAAGAAGCCGACAGGGUCAAGCAUAAGUCAGGUUGGUUCCUAUGGCAUGAAGGGCAGCUCUACAAAAUGUCCUUUACUCAUCCCCUUCUCAAGUGUGUGACCCCCGAGGAAGGAAAUUAUGUCCUUAGGGAAAUACACCAAGGGGCUUGCGGGAGCCAUCAAGGGGGCAGAACAAUAGCUGGAAAGGCCUUAAGAGCAGGGUAUUACUGGCCCACUUUGAAGGCUGAUGCCUCAGAUCUAGUCCGGCGAUGCCCCUCUUGCCAGAUCCACUCGGACAUACCGAGAGUGCCUGCCACCCCCCUCACCACAAUUCAAGCCGUACCGCCCUUCGAUAAGUGGGGCAUGGACUGCUCGGACCUUUCCCCCCGGCAUCAGGGUAAAGGAAGUUCUUGA